AUGAGCGGGUCACUCAAGGACAAAUAUAUUUCCCUCGAAUGUCUACGAAGUGAGGUUGAGGAUCUUAGAGACAAGCACAAGGAGGUCGCUAAAUUGCAAAAGAGAUACUUCUCCAGCAAUCCUGGAGACGGUGACGCGUCUGAUAACAUGAAAGUUCACGGGCUAUUCAGUUGGGACAUACCUCAAGAUCCAACAAAUCAAGAACAUCUGGACCAAGCGAUUCUUCAACUCAACUACCGUUUACGGAUGAUGGAUGUCGGACAGCAAUAUGUCGAUAGUCUGAAAGUGGGAAGACCCGACAACCUGACUAUUCACGAUUUCGAUAAGGACGACUUCCAUCAUGCACACUUAGGUCGACCAACGGACCAUCCUAGAAAUGUCAAGUACAGAGCUAUAUCAGACUAUUUUUGCGAAAACAAUGUUUACCGCAAUUUGUUUCCGUCUUUGACAUCUCGCCAUCCAUUCAUACCUUACGGAAAAGGUGCAGACUACCUCCACGCUGCACUCUUUUGUACAAACGUUGAGGAGCCAGAGUGGAAGAGGCGACUGGCUCGCCUAGUUGAAGAUGUAGGUGUACAAAACUGA